AGACUUUGUUAUUAUAUAUUUUAUUUUAUUUCUUUGCACUACUGAAGUACUGCAGUUUGAAGAUCAAUCGAAGAAAACGAAUUAUACGGAAUUGACAUCGUUUGAUUAAGAAGUACAUCACCAAUACAAGGCCUAAAAAAAUGCCGGCCAGCGGCUUCGAUUUGUAUAACAUGCAAGACGCCAGAAAUAAUUUUGAUGCAAUACGACCUACUCCGAUUUGUACUGAUGCCAAUCAGUUUAUGGGACAAUGUCAGAAUAUACACAUAUCCACGAAUUGCUACUACGGAUACCAUGAGCCGAAACGACCAGAAAUUGAAGCGGCACCCGAUUGCGAAAUGGUAGAGGCCCCGCGUGAUGAUGCAAAUUCACCGCCACACAACCACGGUAGAAAACGCAGCGCAGACGACGGCAAUCACCAUCAAACCAAGCGACCCCGACCAGAGAUGCAAAGAGAGAAAAGCAAUGAACCUGAGACAAAUGAGAACAUGAAAAUGGACAGAAGUAAAGAAGAACUGUUGGAGACGUUAUAUUGGAAUAUACACGGAGGGAACUUUAUUGAUUUUUUGCAGUGUUUGUGACAUGUACAAGUGGAAUAGUGUGAUAUUUUUAGUAUUAGUUCAUAAGUGACUGGGACACUAACUUUAAAAAUAUAAGUAGUUAAGGUUUUUUUCUCAUGGAUGCAUAGACUUAAAUUUUUCGUAAUAAAUUCAAAAGGUAAAA